AUGGAGGAUCCCUCUGCAGAUCCAAGUUCACCAAGCUACCAAAUCUCGCCAGAAUGUGAAUCGAAGGUUUUAACAACUGAUAUCGAAGCUGAGCAAGAUGCGAGGGCUCAACUUAGAGAUGUAUUUCUUCGUUCUAUCUUUGCGUCCUGUAACAAGCCAGCUUGCUUUUUGAUGCACGAGAAGACUCAAGUGGAAGCCAUCUUUGUGGCUACAGACAUAAACAUAGAGAAUUUCCAGGUAUCUGAACUUCAAACUCCAAUGGGAGUAGUCAAUGAGGCUUUGCUGAGGUCGUCUGAUGUGCUGUCAUUUACAAUAGACCUUGAAAAGAAAUAG